AUGGUGGAGGAGCCGGCAACAACGCGCUCGGGACGCGUCGUAAUGCCCUCAACAAGGGCCCGAGAGGCCUCGGGUAGCGACAAUAUCAGCGCCGUUAGAACAUCCAAGAAAUCAAUGACCCAAGUGGAAUUAACAGCGGUAAAGAAAGCCGCUGGCCUUAUUGAGGAGAAACAGAGCGGAAAAGAUGGAAACAGGGACAUGCUUAAAAAGAUAGGCCAGUACCUAGAAAGCACCUACCAAGAGGUUAAAGGACUGAAAGAAGCCCUUAUCAAACAAGAGAUGAUGAUCAAGGAACAGUCUGAAAUGAUCCGGGAACAGAGCAAUACAAUUCAAGCGCUGCAGACCCAAGUAGAAGCAAUCCGAAGCCAAGCUACAGAAGAUUACAAGCAACUCCAGGAACAGCUAGACACUGUCGCAAGUACUCCGGCUAUGACAACAUACGCGGCUGUAGUUGAUAGACAGCCCAGUCAUCAACAGGAUACACAGCUAGUACCCCUAGCCCGUCCUACAUUAGUUAAUACGCUAUUCUGCACAAUCGACACGUCCCGGGUCGGAGAACAAGACAAAGCGAAGACCCAGAUAGCCAAUAUAAGACAACAGAUCGAAAAAGAGAUGCGUGGGAAUGAGGAAACAGAAAACUGGCGGUGUGCAGCAAUGAUCAAGGACCCAAAAACUGCAGACCGGAUCAAGGUGGUUUGCAGACAUGAAGACGAGAUGCAGCAGAUCAAAGAAGCCGCCCAAAAGAUUGAGAUACCAGGAAUAAGAAUCCUACGAAACCAGCUAUAUCCGGUCAAAAUCGACAAUGCUAACCGGACAGCAGUAUUAGAUGCAGAUGGAAAUAUCUUAUCAGGGACAGCCGAAAUCCUGGGGAAAGAAAAUAACGUCAGCAUUGCUAAGAUCUCUUGGCUUAGCAAAAAAAGACUCCAACAAAGCAUAUGGAUCUAUGGUAAUAUACGUUACCAAAGCGACGGAAGCCAGACGUCUGAUAGAAGGCAACUAUUUUGA